AUGGCCGGAGACACUACUUCGGGUGGUGAUUCUGGUUCUAUACCUAGUGGAAGUGGAAAGGAUGAGUCAAUUAAUUUUGAUGAUCCUCUCUAUAUUCACCCAUCUGAUAAUGCUAUUACUUCAAUAGUUACUACAAAGUUAACUGGAAAUGAAAAUUUUCGAUUAUGGAAGAGUUCUAUUUCUAGAGCUCUCAAAGCUAGGAAUAAACUUGGAUUUAUUGAUGGUACUCUUAAGAAAACUAGUGUUGAUGAGUCAAAAAAAUCUAAGUGGGAUAGGGCUAAUGCUGUUGUAUGUUCCUGGCUUUUAUCUUCUAUUUCUGAUUCUAUAUAUCAGAGUCAAGCUUACUCUGAGGAAUUUGAUGGUCUUACUAGCUUGACUGAGUGUACUUGUGAAGCUGCUAUCAAGCUGAAAGAUCAUUCUAAUCUCAUGAAACUUAUGCAAGAAGAAUCUAUUCAAAGAAAUGGAUCCUUGUCUUCUCUUCAGUCUUCACAGUCUUUGUCUAAGUCUCAACCUGCUGCUUUUAAUAGCAGGUUUAAUAACAGAUCUGGUUUCAAUAACACUAAUAAAAACAAAACUCAAUCCGUUCAGUGUAAAAAUUGUGGAAUUAAAGAUCAUACAAUUGAUAAAUGUUAUAAGCUAAUUGGUUAUCCCAAGGAUUUUAAGUCAAGAAAUGAGUCUAGUAAUCAGAAUGGCUUUAAUAAAAAUGUUUCUGCCAAUUCCUCUACUAUUACCUCUGGAAAUGCUCUUCCUUCUAGUACUCCUGAUUCUAGUAGGGAUUCAGAGUUUCAUCAGCUCACUAAGGAACAAUACUUCAAAUUCUUACAACUUAUUGGUGAUAGACAGCUUAAUGAGGAAACUUCUGCCAGUGUUAAUAUGGUAGGUACCUGUUUGUUUCAAGCUUUUAAUUCAUCUGUUAGUCCUCUAAAGUGGAUUGUUGACUCUGGAGCUAAUCAACAUAUGAUUGCUUCUGAGUCUCUUCUUCAUGAUACUGUGGAUGUGUCUAAACUAGAUCUUCUAGUUAGCCAUCCUAAUGGUACUUCAGCUAAAAUUGAAAAAAUUGGCAAUAUGAAUUUGUCUAAUUCUUUGACUCUUUUUGAUGUUUUUGCUGUUCCUGAUUUUAAUGUUAACUUGUUGUCUGUUCAUAAGGGUUUACAAUCAAAGGAGAUGGUGGGGAAUGGUAGAGAAUCUGAGGGUCUCUAUUACAUCAAUAGUGUACCUUCAGUUAGGUCAGAUAAUGGAAUUGAGUUUUUGAAUUAUAAAAUGAGACAAUUGUUUGAAUCAAAAGGUAUUUUGCAUCAAACUUCAUGUGUUCACACUCCACAACAAAAUGGAGUGGUUGAAAGAAAACAUAGACAUAUUCUUAAUGUUGCUAGGUCUUUGAUGUUUCAAUCUGGGUUACCUUUGAAAUUUUGGGGAGAGGCAAUUCUAACUGCUGUUUUUUUAAUUAAUAGAACUCCUACAUCUGUUUUAAAUGGUUCCUCUCCUUAUGAGUUGGUUUAUAAAACUGCUCCUGUUUUUGAUAAACUUAGGGUUUUUGGUUGUUUAUGUUUUGCAACAAAGUUGAAUAAUUCUGAUAAGUUUUCUGAAAGAGCUGAUAAGUGUAUAUUUCUUGGUUAUGCUUUUGAUAAAAAAGGUUAUAAAGUGUUAAGUCUUGAUACAAAUCUUAUUUUUGUUUCCAGGGAUAUAAAAUUCUAUGAGUCUGUUUUUCCUUUCAAGUUAAAGCAUUCAUCUUUAACAAAUAAAUCUAAUGUUGUUUUAGAUGAUCCUUUUUCCUAUGAUGAGUCUGUUGGGUUUUGA